AAUAUUUUUAAAUCAAAUAUGGACAUCGUUUUGCAACAUUUAUAUGAAAACAAAAUUAUUCAAUUUGGAGAAUUUGUUCUAAAAAGCGGAAAAACUUCACCAAUUUACAUUGAUUUGCGCAAUCUUGUUUCAUUACGUGAUGCGAGGAAUGAUACAGUUAAUGCACUUUACAAAAUAAUUUUGGAAGCAAAUAUUGAAUUUGAUUAUGUUAUUGGAGUGCCUUAUGGAGCUAUUUUAUUGUCAGAACAAAUUGCAUGUUUAUUCAAUAAACCAGUUUUAUUAAUUCGUAAAGAAGCCAAGUCUUACGGGAAUAAAGAAAUGAUUAUUGGACAAUUUGAAAAAGGCAAAAAAGUUUUGGUUAUUGAAGAUGUUGUAACUACUGGCGCUUCUAUUCUUGAGACUGUGGCGGAAAUUAACAAGGCAGGACUUUGCACAGAACACGUUUUUUGUAUUGUAGAUCGUGAACAGGGUGGACCUGAAAAACUUGAAGGAAAAGGACUUUUACUUCAUAGUCUUAUCCAAAUGACAUCAAUUUUGGACUUUCUCGUUUCAAAAGGAAUAAUUGGACAAAAUCGAAGGGAAGAAAUACAACAACAAUUACUAAAUCCCUCAACAGAAUCAAUUCCAAAUAUUAACCAAACAACAAAAACUUUUCAACAUUUAAAUUUAUUAGAAAGACUAAAAUAUUUCCCUGAAAAUUCAUUUAAUUACAAAUUAAUUAAUUUAAUGAUGAAAAAGAAGACUAAUUUGUGUUUGGCUGUGGAUAACUUUAAUAAAGACCAGAUAUUGAAGAUUCUCGAAAGUGCCAAAGACUUUAUAUGUGCCUUAAAACUACAUUGCGACACAAUAGAUGGUUGGGAUGACGAAUUUUCUGCUCAACUUCAAAAGAUAUCAAAUGAAAAUAAUUUUUUAAUAUUUGAAGAUCGUAAACUUGCGGACACAGGAAAUACAAUGAUUUUACAGCUUGAAAAAGGUUUAAAAAUUGCAAAGUGGGCAGAUGUAGUUACUGCUUAUCCAUUUCCUGGUGUUAAAACAUUUGAAUCGUUGAGGAAAGAGAUUGUGGAAUCACCCAAUUACAAACUUUCUGGAAUUCUUCUACUGGCAGAAUUAAGCACAGAAGGAUCUAAAAUGGAUGCAAAUUUAAGUGUGGAAUUGGCAGAAAAACUUGGAAAUAAUUUAAUUAGUGGCUUUAUAUGUCAAAAAAGAUGUAGUGAAAAUAUGGGUUUUAUGUAUUGGACACCAGGUGUUAGUCUAAAUAAAUCAACAGAUGGAAAAGGCCAACAAUGGCGUGGACCUGAACAGGCAAUUUUAAAUGACGGUUGUGAUAUUAUAAUUGUUGGUAGAGGAAUUACAGAAGCAGAAAAUAUUGAAGAAGAAAUUAAAAAAUAUCGAGAAAUUGCUUGGAAUGCUUAUAUUGGAGAAGAAUAAUUUUUAAAUUUUUUUAAAAUUUAGUUUGUUUAUAAUUUUUAAAAUUUUUUGAUUAAUUUAUACAAGAGAUCGUUACUUAAUUAAUUAACUAAAUAAAUAAAUUAAUUUUUUCUUUGUUCCCAACUUGGCCUUUAGAAGACUUGAUUAUAUUGAUCAGUUUGACAUACUUAUUUUUAGUUUUAGACGUGUUUAUUUUAAUUAAUGUAUGUUUUGACCAUUUUGAGCCUUUUGUGCGUUU